AUGUUGAAGUGUCCCAAAUGCACGCGUCAAAUCGAAGCCUUUUCCGUAGACACCAACUGUGCGUUCCGCAUGUGCACCAACCUUUCGUGCACUUGGCCCUUCGAAGCCCCCGAUAUGGCGCAGUACUUUGAUCAUGACGCCACUGUUCCGUCUAUGCGCAAAAUAGCAAAGAAGCGCAAGGCCCACGGCGCAAAGGACGACCAGCACCGUCUCAAGGCGAAGAAACCCAAGGCCCCCGAAACAUUAUCGCCGCCGCCCGUGGUGCCUGUGAAGGACAGCCUGAUAGAACUUCCUUCGUGGCUCUCUGAUCUGUGCGAGCCCAACAAUGACCGCGCUACUUUAUCCAAUAGUAGUUUGCGGGCUUCUGUUGACGCCUCGAUGGAUAUUUUUGAUUCAGGUAAAUACAUUGAGGGUGCCAAUACCACAGGUGGGGUGGUAGGUGCCGCGGUUGGCGAGAAUUCCGAGAAGCUUCAUGGUUCUUCUUCGGGUGAUCGCGGAAACCUUGACAUUGAUGCGAGUGAUGCGUGGAUCCAGUCUCUGCUUACUACCCCUUUGCCGCCCCCUCCCUCUACUACGCCACACCGGUCUGAUGAUGGAGAGUCGGGCUCUUUGUUCGCCGAUAAUGUAGCCGAUAUUUUUGCUGCCUUCGGACAACAGCAACAGCAACAGCAACACGCGUCGGCGCCGCUGUCUAUCGCCGAUUCAGUUUUGUCCACGCUAACAGCCUCGGUUUCGGGAACUAACGCAGAUGCCGGUGUGCCACGGCAUAGUCGUCAGAACAGUCCAAACAGUGAGAGCGGGACGGAAGAGAUUGACAGUAGGAUGCGGAUAUCAGAGGAUGACUUUGCGAUGAUCAUCGACGAGGUCAUGAAACCAAAAGCACCUGCAGGAAUGUUGGACACUUUGGCGGUGACAUCGGCAGCGUUUGAUCCCAUCUCAAUGCUGUUGUCUCCCCCCAACUCGGCAGCUGUUGUGGGGAGCGGGUCGCUGGAUGUCCUGGGACAUUAUUACUGGCCAUCAGUCUCUUCAACUGACGCACUGACACAGACGCCGUUUGGUACAGAGCCUGACGGAUUGUCUAAAUCAGCAAGCCAGCUGCCCUUUGACUUUGACCUAUUCAAUGUUGUUCCCGCCACCAUGCCUGCACCUACUGCUGUGGCCACCGCCAUUACCGCCGCUGGAAAUGGCAACCAACACCCUGCGGAUGUGUUGACUUUUCAGGACAAGUAG